CUCUCUUACGUCCGCAGAUCAGACAUAAAUACAGCCGUUUGGAAACCGUUGGGUCAUUCGCUUCGACGAUAUCAACGCAACGAUGUCCGGAAGAGGAAAAGGCGGGAAGGGGCUCGGUAAAGGAGGCGCCAAGCGGCACCGGAAGGUUCUCCGUGACAACAUCCAGGGCAUCACCAAGCCCGCCAUCCGCCGCCUGGCCCGCCGCGGCGGCGUGAAGCGGAUCUCCGGGCUGAUCUACGAGGAGACCCGCGGCGUGCUCAAGGUCUUCCUGGAGAACGUGAUCCGUGACGCGGUGACGUACACCGAGCACGCCAAGAGGAAGACGGUGACCGCCAUGGAUGUGGUCUACGCUCUGAAGAGGCAGGGCCGCACCCUGUACGGCUUCGGGGGAUAAACCCUUACACACACCCGAACCUGGUCCACCACACAACGGCUCUUUUAAGAGCCACCCACCGCCUCUUAAAGAGACCGUUUCCAUUAUCUGGUUAUUAGAUAGUUAAUU